AUGAGGCGAGCUACGAUUGUCACAUUCUUUAUUGCGCUGACCUGCAUCCGAUGCGAGGCGCCUGACGGUUACGUCAUCGACGAAUCUACCGGAAUCGGCUAUAAAAUAAUUUACCAGUCACAAACAUGGCAAGUGGCUAAAAAAAGAUGUGAAGAAAACGGCGCUACGCUUGCUGUACCGAAGUCAAUAGAAGAAUUUAAAUUCAUGCAAAAGUUGGUGAGAGCCAUGUAUCUACCUAACAUAACUAACAGCGAGUUCAAGUUAAUAGUAUGGCUGGGCAUAAACAAUCUAGAAGAUUACAGGAUAUGGAGAAAUAUUUAUGGAGAAAACAUAGAAGAAACGGGAUUUCACAAGUGGGCCGACAGUAACGGAAACGGUUUUAGUGACGAGCCAGCGGAACCUCACUGUGCAGGAUUAGACGCUGUGAACUGGCUUCGAGACUUUUGGUCUUAUAAGAUGAAUUUACUCAGGAAAGGGAUGUCCAUGCUAACAAUUGGAUUCAAGUCUCAAUGUACAUCAUUGAAAGCUAUACCUACACAGUCUCUGAUACGUCAAGUACCACCUAUAUCCAGCAUUCUCAGUGGAACAACUCUCCAAGCUUCAUCAACAUCAGUUCUUUCAAGAACUAUGGCGUCUCUCGCACAAAUGCACAAAACUGGUCCACACAUUAAGAAAAGGAAGUCAAGAAACCCGUUGAAUGGAAAUCCUUUUGCUAAAGGUGUUGUGCUAAAAACAUUAAUCAAAAAGCCCAAAAAACCUAAUUCGGCGAACCGUAAAUGCGUUCUUGUCCGUCUGUCAAAUGGUCGCGAGAUGGUCGCUUACGUGCCGGGCAUCGGUCACAACUUACAGGAACAUAACAUCGUCCUAGUCAGAGUUGGCAGAGUAAAAGAUUGUCCCGGUGUAAAACUAAAGUGUGUUCGAGGCAAGUUCGACUUACCGCACGUGGUCAAACAGAAGCAA